AAGCGGGUGCUGCGCUCCGCACCGUCCCCAGCCGCAGAGAGGCGGCGCGGCCCGGGCUCCUCGGCCGGAAGUCCGCCCGGCGCUUCCCGGGGGAGCCGCCCCGGGCGGAAGCGGGCGCAGCCGCAGUCCGCGCGGGGCGCCGCACGAUGUUCCUUCCCAGGUCCCUGAAGGUCAAGCGCCGCGCCGACCAGGACGGCGGAGGCGCUGCCGCCGAGAAGCGCAGACCCGAAGCGGAAGAGCCCCGGCUGGACGCAGGCGGGGACGGCCCGGCCGCCGCCCCUGCUCCUGGGCCUGCCGGCCGGGCGCCCGCGGCGAGCGCGGCCGGAGCCGAGCCGGGGCCGCGGGACAGCGGCCUCACGGAGGAGCCCGUGAGGUCCUUCUCCAGAACGCAGCGCCGGGCCGAGCCCGGGGAGCCGGUGUGCACGGUGUGCGGGCGCUACGGAGAGUACAUCUGCGACGACACGGGGGAGGACGUGUGCAGCCUCGAGUGUAAAGCCAAGCACCUGCUGCGGGUGAGGGCGGCGGAGGGGCCGCCGGAGCCCCGCGGUCCCCAGGGAGCCGGCGCCGGCCCGGCGGCUCCGCGUCCCGCUGCCUACGUCUACGCCGAGCACGCCUUCGUCUCGAACCUUCGCGAGGACCAGAUCGAAAACCUCAGACGGCAGCUGGGAAUCGUGGUGCAAGGGCAGGGCGUCCCCAGGCCCAUCGUGGACUUCGAGCACUGCGGCUUCCCCGAGGCCUUGAACCUCAACCUGCAGGCCUCGGGCUACGAGGUCCCCACCCCCAUCCAGAUGCAGAUGAUCCCCGCGGGGCUGCUGGGCAGAGACGUGCUGGCCAGCGCGGACACCGGCUCCGGGAAGACGGCCGCCUUCCUGCUGCCCGUCAUCGUGCGGGCGCUGUGGCAGAGCAAAGCGCCCUCCGCGCUCAUCCUCACGCCCACGCGGGAGCUGGCCAUCCAGAUAGAGCGCCAGGCCCAGGAGCUGAUGCGCGGCCUGCCCCGCAUGAGGACCGCGCUGCUGGUGGGGGGCCUGCCCGCGCCCCCGCAGCUCCACCGCCUGCGCCAGCACGUUCAGGUUAUCAUAGCAACUCCCGGGCGACUUCUGGAUAUCAUAAAGCAGAGCUCUGUAGAACUCGGCGGGAUAAAAAUUGUAGUGGUGGAUGAAGCUGAUACCAUGUUAAAGAUGGGCUUUCGGCAGCGAGUGCUUGACAUCUUGGAACACGUGCCUCCUGACUCUCAGACCCUCCUGGCGUCGGCCACGAUUCCAGCCAGCAUAGAGCAGCUCGCAGGCCAGCUCCUGCACGACCCCGUGAGGGUCAUCGCCGGCGGGGAGAACCUGCCCUGCCCCAGCGUGCGCCAGAUUGUGCUGUGGGUGGAGGAGCCAGCGAAGAAGAAAAAGCUGUUUGAGAUCUUGAACGAUAAGAAACUCUUUAAGCCGCCAGUGUUAGUAUUUGUGGACUGCAGACUGGGAGCAGAUCUGUUGAGCGAGGCCGUUCAGAAAAUCACAGGUCUAAAAAGCACCUCUGUGCACUCAGAGAAGUCACAGACAGAAAGGAACAACAUACUGAAGGGGCUACUCGAAGGAGACUGUGACGUUGUCGUGAGCACGGGGGUCCUGGGAAGAGGCCUAGACUUGGUCAGCGUCAAGCUGGUCGUCAACUUCGACAUGCCUUCCAGCAUGGACGAGUACGUGCACCAGGUUGGAAGAGUGGGGCGAUUAGGUCAAAACGGAACAGCGAUUACUUUCAUCAAUAACAGCUCGAAGAGACUCUUCUGGGAUGUUGCCAAGCGAGUGACGCCCACAGGCUCCCUCCUGCCGCCGCAGCUGCUGAACUCCCCGUACCUUCACGAGCAGAAGAAGAAGGAGCAGCGGAGGGCUGCGCAGACGCACGGUGACCUGGUGGCCGGGGCUGACCUCAUGGACCUCAUUAGAAAACACGACAAGAGCAACUCUCAGAAGUGAUGCGCUGCACCACCUCGAAUGAUUUUUACUGUAUGUUGUCCGUGAAAUUUCUGUACGUUAUUCCUGGGUGGCUUGAUGACUGCGACACGUACGUGAAACACUUAACAUGAUGUAAGAAGUUUUAGUAGACUAUCAAAUUUAUACAGCAAUAUUAUAUUUAUUUGCCUUUUUAAUUUUCGUAAAUUAAAAACAUCAGAAAGUGAAUAAAAUAAAAAUUCCUUCUCUCUGGGAAAAGUCCUUUUCUUUCCAAUAGCUUCCUCGUAGCUGCCGUCAGAACCAGAAACGCGCACGGCCUGACGCGGGCAGCGCUGCUUCUGCUGUGUCCGCUGUGCUGCCUGCGCGUGGGCUCCUGUCGGGAGAAAAGUGCAGGAUAGAAAACGGGAGGAGUGCUCCAUGCUUCUUUUCAAAGAAAUGGAAAAUAUCUAUUUUCUCUCUCCAUUUUCCACGGGCUGCUCGUCAAAAUGAUGUCACGUUAUAUGACUGUUGUGUUGCAAUAUGUAGCUUUAUGCUAAUGCCACCUUGCGAAUUCCGUUGAUUUAUUUAAAAAAUAAAUUUAAA